UGUCGUCACAAAGGAGCUUGGAGACGAAGAGAAAGGCCAACGAUGCUUGUCGUUGAGUUCUUGUUUCUUGUUUUACCUUCUUUGCUUUUAUGGAGCGGCUGUUGUGAUGCAGACGCAAAGAAGCUGUGCAGAGAUCCCGAAUGUCGAGAUCCAAUUUCAUUGGCGCGGGCAGUGAGAGCACAUCGAUCAGCUGAUGGUCGUCUCUUGUCAUUCGACGCUACAGAUACGAUAACUGUAUACGCUAAACAUCAAGAACCAAACCAAGAAAUAUGGGAAGGCGCGGUUAAUAGCAAUGAUCAACUGGGAUAUUUUCCGAGAGGGAUGGUUGAGGAGAUUACAGUUUUUGAACCAAGUCCACAAUAUACUGUUGCAAUAGGGCCUGGACACACAAACAGGAAAGUAACCUCACAGUCAGCAAAUGAACAUGAAGACAUCAAGAAAGAUGAGACUGAUGUUGAGGGUGAGCAUUUGCAGACACAAACUGCAGAUUCUAGCAGAUUGCACAAUGAGGAGUUAGUGGAUGUUCCUGAUCCUGUCAUACAAUGGAGGCAGAAACAGAGCCAACAAGAAGAAUCUCGUGAAUAUGUGAUGGAAGAUGGUGGAAAAGAAACAGCAACACAGUCAGUUGACUCUGAAGAUAUGAAAGUUGCUCCUCUAGAUCCACAGGAAGAUGACGUGACUGGUCAAUCAGUUGAAGAUCACACAAAAAAGAAGGCACACGAGCAAGAGGAAGAACUGGGCAUUUAUGAGCAACUUAAGCUGGCUCGUCGACGAGUGCAGACAUUACAAGAGAAAACAGAUGAUAAAGUGCAGUUGCUGAAGGUUGCUGAAGGUACAAACAUUGAAGAAGAGUUGGCAGCUGCUCGUAAGAGAGUUGAUGAUCUUUUGCAACAUGUUCAAGAGGAAGAAGAACAAACUGCAUUCAAUGAUGAUGAAAGUGCUGAUCCAGAAGUUGGAUUGAAUGAAAGAGAUGAGAUGGACAUUGAGGAUGAAAAGUAUGAAGAACAGAAAGAAAAAGAGUCUAAUGGUGAUGAUGAUUACUGGGAUGAUGAGGCCGAUGAGUAUAGAGAAGAACAAUACUAUAAAGAAGAAGAAGAUACCUUGACCACAGCAAAGACAGACAUGUAUGAAGAUGGUGUUGAUGAGCACAGAGAGGAGACAAAGACAGACAUGUAUGAAAAUGGUGUUGAUGAGCACAGAGAGGAGACAAAGACAGAGAGAGAAAUUGAGUAUGGAGAGAGAGAAGAACUAAGAGAUGUGAGAUAUGAAAUGGAUGCAGAAGGUACGGACAAUUUCGUGGACACUAAUGAGGAUGACAAGAUUGAUGAAGUUUCUGACAACUUGGAAGCAAGUAACAAAGAGAUCGGAAGAGAGGACAAUGAAUACUCUAUGCAGUUUAACGAUCAAGCAGAUUUAGCAACAAAAGAACAUGAUGAGGGCACAGAACACAACUUGACAGCUCCUGGUCAGGAAACUCACAGAGAAAGUCUAGAUGACAAGACAGAUGGUGAUAGGCCACAAAGACAAGAGUUGGAAACUUCACAUGACGAUGAACUGAAUGAGAUUGACAAACGUAGAACAACUGAAGAUAUUGAGAGUGCAAUGACCAAUGUGAUACGAAACACAAACACAGAAACAUUGGCACAUGAUAGAACACCCGAGGAGGCUAAUCAACAUCUAGAGCAAGACAAGACUGUAACAGACAAUGAUCUUGCAAACAAGAUGACUGCAGAACAGCAGCAUACAGAUGAGCCAUCUUCAAGUGAAGCAGAUCGGCUUUCAGCUGAAAAGGAGACUGAAAGUGAAGACAGUAUGAUUAUGGAGAGACAAACAGAGGAGUUAAUGAAAGAUAAACGUUUGGUGAUGGAGGAAUAUACUACGAUGAGACAAGACACACAGUCUACUGAUGAAAUGAUUCAAGAUGUUGAGAAGGCACAGGUCGAUGACAUUGUUUCAAAUCAACAAGAAACUGAUGAGAUUUUGACGAAGGAAGUUACUGGAGACAAAGAUGUUGACCAAGCUACAGAUGGUCAAAUAGACAGAAAUGAAGAGACAAUGGAAUAUACUAGAAUUGAAGAAACUGGACGUAAAACAGGUCUUGAACAGAGAAAGAGUGAUGAAGCACAGAGUGAAGAAGACAUAGUGAAAGAUGAGAGUGUUGCAGAGGAAACAAUGCAGAUGGACCAAACAGAUGCAAUGGGCGUGGAGAGUGGAGCAGAUGUUACUAACAGGGAUGAAGGAGAACCCAUCAGUCAUGAAGACACACAGACUGAUAAACACGAGGAAAGAGAUGAUGUACACACUGAUAGAAAUACAGAAGGGUUAAUAAAUAGGCAAGAAGUAGGAGGUGACAGUAAAGUGUCACAGGAAGUAAAUAGUGUGGUUGGUCAAGUGGAACAUACAGAAACAGUAGAAGUUGAUGAUCAUUUUGCAAGCAAAUUGAAUGAUGUAGCUGGACAAGCUGCAGACAGUGAUAUAGAGACAGAUGAUAGCUACAAAUUAACAGUUAUUCCUGUAGAUGAACAAGUUAAAGAAACAGAAACUUUAACUGCUUCGUUUACUUCUGAUGCAGAAGUGCAGACUACGAAUGACAAAGAAGUGCUUGUAGACACCAAGAAUGAGAUGCCAGAUGAUACAGCUAAUCCUUCCUCAUUGACACAGACUGAUAUGAUGCUAAAUGAAUCAACUCCUGAUGAUAAGUUUAUGGCAGAUGCUGAUCAUUUUGCUGACUUUAAACGUGAAAAUCUCGAAAGCACACAGCAAUACAGGGAUGUAAAACAUGAGGAGCAGACUGAACAGGAAAGCCCUUUAGAGCAUGGACAACAACAAGCAGAGCUGCAUCAACAACAGGAACAACCAGAAAUUAACGCGUCACAAAGUGAUGCAAUCAGUGAUGCAAAUCAGGAGCAAAGCACAGAUCAUCCUAAAGAUGAUCAGAUCGACGAUCAAGAUGAGAUACAGCAGAUGGUAGAAUCAAUUCCAAGAUAUAAGGAAGAGACUUCGUCAUUACAAGAGAAUGAAAAAGUACAAAAUCAAAUGACAAAUUUGUCUGUGGGAGAUGAGGUGUUUGGUGACACUGAAUAUGGUGGUGAGAAAGGUAGUAGUAGCGAAACACAAGGAACAGAAGAAGAUUUAGUAAGUGAGAGUGAUGACCAACUGGCAAGUGGAGGAGAUGAAUUAUCAGAUGAAGAUUUGGUGAGGAUUAGAGAGGAGGAGAACAGAAGGCACAAAGAGGAGAAACAAAAAAUCAAAGAGGCGAACCAAAUACCAGAAUACACUGAAAUGAAAGAGAAGACAGCAGGUGAUGACCAAGCAGAGAAGAAAGAGAAAGACAAAGUGGAUGAAAAUACAGAAACUGAUAAUAGUAAAGAUGAGGAAAAUGUGCAGACAGGACAGUCUGAUGUAGCUGAGAGCGUUGAUGUGAACACAGAUGAUAGACAAGCUGGACAACAGAUCAAUCAGAACGUGCAAGACUCCAGCAAUGUUAGUCUGAGUGAACAAGGAGACAAACCUGAUUUGAUUAGCAGUGAGUCUGAGACUAUGGAUGAGUUUGAUGAAGAGUUUCGUGAACGUGAAGCUCGCUACAUGAAGCAGCUUGACAAGGUUGAAGACCAACGUGAACAGCGAUAUUUGAAUCAACUACAGGAGGACAAAGAAGAUGCAAUGAAAAAAACAAGAGCCCAUUUGGAAAGCGCAUACAGUAGACGCUUUGACGAGGUAAAGAGAAAAGGAGCUGGAAACAAUGGGUGGGUUGAGACUGAGCUUCAACGAUUGGAGAAAGAAAAGGAAGAAGGUUUUAUACGAGAUGAGAGGCUGCGCGAUGAGGACAUUGCAAAAGAAAUGAAUAGUUUACGUGAACAAAGAAAGGAGAGACGACAGGAGCAAUUGGAGCGAUUUCAAGCUAUUGAAAAGGAACGAGUUCGAAUCAGACGUGAGGAGAAAAAUCAACGAGAUCUAGAAUAUCAGAAGGAGCUGGAGAAAAUUGAAAAAGAAAGACAACAGCGAAUACUUUAUCGGAAUGAGGAGGAGAGACUGAGAAGAGAAGCUGAAUUAAGAGAAGAAGAAGAAAGAGCAAAAGAAAAGGAAGCGAGAGAACGAGAAGAAAGAGAAGUGAAGGAGAGGCAAAGACUGGAAGAGAUUGCGAGACAAUGGGACAGGCGAAUGAAGGAGAAGAAAGAUGCAGCUAGUGGAAAAGCAUCUGCAACAUCGAGCACUCAGAAUGAAGAGAUGGGAAAUCAAGACAAGAAAGUAGAUGAGGACACUGUGCAAGAAGAUCCAUUAGACUUGCCCAAUGUAGCUGACAAUUCUAGUGAGGGAAUUCCACCGCAGGACGAUGUUCUUGUUAGAGAUAAUAGUGAUCAGCGUGAGAUGGAAACGAAGGAUAGCAUGACAGUCAAUGAGACUGCAACAGCUGAAAGUCAGGAUAAGCAAAUGUCUGAUGAAGGCAGAGAUGAUGGAAAUGCCGAACCUGUUGAGAACAUCUUACAUCAUCAUGACACGUCUGAUUUACCAGAAACACAAAACGAUGACAAGGACAAUAUCACUGAUAUGCAAGAUGAAGACACUACCAGUAAGACAUUUGUUUUGGAGGCAAAUGCUGAUGUAGGAGAUGAUGAUAGCAUGAUGAACAAGGAUGACGGAAGCGUGAGUUUCAGUGACUGGUCAUCUUCAAGGAAACCAAAAAAUCUUGAUCGUGAAGAUGGUGAUGAGCCUAAAGAGGUGGAAAGUGAAGUGCAUGAAGACUUAGAUAGUUUGAAUGAACAGGAUUACACGCAUCAAGCUAAAGGGUUUCUACCCGAGUUGGUGUCGAUGUGGUUUGAUGGUGCAUCUUCACUUGUCAUAUUUGGAACGGCUAUCGCAGGAAUUCUGCCCAUUUUCUUACUGUUUUGUUUCUGUGGUGGAUCAAAGGGCCCCAAUGUGGAAGUAAUGAAAAAGAAAUUUGAGGAACAGCUUGUGGCUGCUAUUACUGAAAGAGACAAUGCACAAACAGAAUCAACAGCAUCCAAGAAGAAGACUGAGCUGUUGGAAAGAAAUCUUCGGGAAGAGAGAGAGUCGAAUGCACUGCUGCAAGAAGAGAAGAACAGAUCACAGCAAGCUCAGUCGCGGUUGCUUGGUCAGCAACAAAAGCUUGAAGAAGAAGUACGACAGCUUAGUAAUAUAACCUCUCAGCAAGCACUAGAUUUACAGACUGAACAAGCACAUAGUGCUUACUACCAGCAGCAGUUGGCUGCAAGUGUAGAACAAACCACAACACUUCAACACCAACUACAACAAUUACAGUCAGACAUUGAAACUUACACUACAAGUGAGGAUCAGUUGAAGAGUGAAGUCGAGCAAAUGAAAGGACAAAUUGCACAGUUGGAACAAGCACAAAAUAGAUUAUCUCAAGAGAACAAUCAAUGGCAACAACAAUGUCAAUCUUAUGAAGACCAAUUGGCAGCUGCUCAUAAAGAGACAGCCAAGGUGCAGAUGUCAUUGACAGAGACAGAGAAAGAAGCAGACAUUCUCCGUGAUUGUCUCCAACAGUUAAAUGCAAUUGCUCUGGCAGAUAGGGAUGAAGAUCCAACAGAGGAUGAAGAAACCAGAAAACAGAAAAUGGAAGAGCUACAACGUCAAAAGUUUAAUGAUCUUGUCAAUACCAGAAAGGCAUCUUCAGAACUGAAGGCUUCUCAGCAGGAAUGCAAAGAGCUGCAGGCUCGAUUACAUGUGGAGAGAGAUGCACAUCAGCAGCUACAAAAGAAAUUGGACAAACUUCAAUCUGACUAUGAUGUUCAACGAGAGAUGUACACCACAACUGAGUCUCAAUUUACGCAAACGAAUGCCAAGCUACAGGCUUUGUCUGAGUACUUGAAGGAGAGAGAAGAGACACUGCAGAUGAAGUUGGGGAAAGAAGAAGCAGCUAAAGCCUUGAUUGCCAACAGAGAGCAAACUGCUAGUGAGAGAGCAGCAGCUGCUGAGGAAGACAUGGCAAGACAAAGACAACAGGUAAAUGAAUUAAGACAGCAAAUGGCUGAAAUAGAGAAAAACUUACUGCAACAGCUGUCAACCAAUGAGAAGCGAGCUCAAGAGGCACUGGCCCAAUUGCACAGUUGUGAGCAGCAGCUUCGAAAGUCAAACGAAGACGUGACCACUCUCCGCCGAAGACUCACAGAUGCAGAAAAUCAUAUUGCACUAUCACAACGACCACAUCCUCCUGGUCCAGCGUUUGGUCCCAUGCCUCCUCUUUCACAACAUAGUUUCAAUCGUCCUAUAUCUCCGCAUGGACCUCCAGGGCCUCCACGUCAAAUGACACCACCUGAGAAGAGACACAGCAUGCCAUCAGGCCAACGAUCCCCUCCAGGCCAGAGGAGAGACUCCAGGGAUAACCCUCCAAGGUCGAGCUCUCGACCACCCAGUCGAGGUCCAAUAUAUCCUCCUCGUCCUAAUUCUAUAGGACCGACACAAGAAUCCAUGCUACCUCGACGAGACUCCAAAGGUCUUCCACAUCCAGACGCAAUGGCACCACAUCGUCCUGAAGUGCUGCGGCCACCACGACCGGACUCGGUUGGUGCACUUCAUGCACACCCUGGCCCAUUGGGCCCAUCACCUGCCAUGCCGUUCCACUCUCUUCCUCCAAUGAGCCACAGAAUGCCACCUCCUGGCCGUGGAGGACCGAUGCCUGGACCAAGAACUAGUUCUCCGUCUGGAAAGUACUUUGAUGUCCCUGAUGGACCCGUAAGGUACCAACAGCAGCCAUUGCAACCAGGAGCAUUUGGUGGUCUGCCACCAAGACCAGGGUUGGUUCCUGUCAGGCAACCUAUUCCAAGACAGCCAAUGAUGCACCCAUUUCAGCCACAUCCAGGGGGUCAUCCACUUGAGCAGCAACAUCGAAUGGAUGGUCAUCAUCCUGGGAACUCGAACAUGCACAAUGAAAUUUAAUUCCUAAUCAAUUAAUUUAUGAUUUGCAUCAACAAUUCAAAUCUAUAUAAUAAACUAUAUUUUAAUGCCCAGUUGGCAUCUCUGCCAAAUCGACUAAGGAGUGGUUCACAACAUGUGACAAACAACAAUCUGGUCCAGUAAGGGCUAACCGU